AUGGGCGCCACCCCAUUCCACCGUUCCAUCCUCGAGGUCCGGUUGCCGAGACACUUCGACAAACCAACAGAUAUGAGGUAUGACGGAACACAGGACCCGCAAGAGCACCUAACGGCCUUCGAGGCCCGAAUGAACCUCGAAGGAGUGGGAGACGAGGUGAGGUGCCGUGCUUUCCCGGUCACCCUGGCAGGCCCGGCGAUACGGUGGUUCAAUAGCCUCCCGCAGGGUUCUGUAGCCGCCUUCUCGGACAUCACCCGCACCUUCUUGGCGCAAUUCACUACUAGAAUCGCGAAGGCAAAGCACCCAAUCAAUCUUCUCGGCGUGACCCAAAGUGUCGGGGAGACGACUAGAAAGUAUUUAGUUCGGUUCAACGACGAAUGCCUGGAAAUCGAAGGACUAACUGACUUUAUGGCCAGCCUUUGUCUGACGAAUGGCCUUCUUAAUGAGGAUUUCCGAAAGCACCUCACCACUAAACCGGUCUGGACGAUGCAUGAGAUCCAGACCGUAGCCAAGGAAUACAUAAAUGAUGAGGAAGUCAGCCGAGUCGUGGCUGCCAACAAACGGCAGCCCUCCUACAAUCAACCCAGGCACCAUGGUAACAGAGAAAGGCAGAAGGAACAGGUCAGAGACGGGGGGCCGAGCAAGGCACCCAGACCGGAGCCAAGGAGACGACAUCGCGACCACGAUGAAGACGGCAAGACCCGAUCGACGAAAUGGCGGCAAGAACCAGAAGACAACGAUCACGGCCUCACCAUAAUAAACGUGGUGACCGCCAAGAACACAGCGCCAAAGUCGAGGUCUGCGCACAAGAAAGACGCCAAAGUCCUGGCAAUUUCCUCCUCGCCGGCACGAAGCUCCAAGAGGUCCCCAACUAUUUCCUUUGGGCCAGAGGAUCAUUGGUUCGACGAGGUCCCUGAGAACCCACCCAUGGUCAUUACGGCUAGGGUGGGAACCGACCUCGUCAAACGAAUCCUUGUGGACACGGGGGCAGACUUGAACAUUAUGUUCCGCAACGUGUUCGAUGUGCUAGGUUUACGGGACGCCGACCUCAUGACUCACCAACACGGUGUCAUAGGGUUGGGUGACCACUUCAUUAAGCCGGACGGGAUAAUAUCCCUCCCGACCUCCGUGGGACAAGGACAAGGGCGGAUGUCAAUAAUGGCCGAGUUUGUAGUUCUACGGGACUCCACUGCCUACAACAUCAUCCUGGGGAGGAAAACGAUCAACGAUGUUGAGGCGGUAAUCAACACGAAGCUGUUGGUUAUGAAGUUUGUGGCUGAUGACGGAUCUAUAGGAUCCAUAAGAGGAGAUCUGGAAAUGGCAGUCGCUUGCGACAACGCCAGCCUCUCCUUGAGGAAGAAGUCUAAAGAAGCAUCCGGAGUGUUCCUUGUUGACUUAGACACCAGAGUCGACGACAAGCCAAGGCCAGAACCAGAGGGGGACUUGGAAAAGUUCAGGGUCGGUGACACAGAGGAAAAGUUCACGUUCGUUAAUAGAAACCUCCCACACGAGUUGAAAGAACCCCUAGUAGAAAUGAUUAGGGCCAACGGAGAUCUAUUCGCUUGGACGCCAGCCGAUAUGCCGGGGCAUAGACCCUAG